AGCCAAGGCAAUUGCCAAAGCUCCGAGAUGUGGAUCAAUGCCACGCUUCCUUCAGUAUUGUAGACAAAGUGAAAAGAGCACAAUAAGACACGCUCGCCGCACUAUAACAUUUCCAAAUAGUUCAUGAUAUCUUCCCUAUUAAUAGCGUGAGUUGAUCUUAUCCAUGAAGGUCGCUGCCAUGGGCAUCAUAUUGCCCAAUCGGCACUAGCGCCAUUGGGACCAAUAUUCAUUGUAUCUGGCAAUCCGUGCGCUGUGUAACAGGCAAUCACAAGCAUAAAUGCCUGGGCUUGCUGCUGCCUCUGGCAUGCUUGCCCCUCCGUGACUUACAAACUCGCCCUUGCUACCUGCCGAAUGAGUUACAGCAGCUUGCAACAGAACGCCAUCCGUUUCCACGAUUUGACUUAUUCAUCAAACCUACGCAGCUCAAGCCUCUACCGCCUAUUCGGGAGACAUCUCACGACGGCGACACUUCCCGUCAUGUCAGUCCCUACAGCCAAGGACACCUACACCUGCACCGUCACUGUAGACCACGGCACAGCACCAGCCAAGGGCGCCAAAGCACACCACGUCUACGAUGAUUCCGGGCGUCUUAUCCGAUUCAAGAACCCCUGCCCAUCAUUCGGCAACUGGAACAACGUUUCGCUUUGGGGCUCCGCCGUGCUUUACUUUGGUAACCGCCUGCGAGGAAGGCUCCCCGUCCCCGACACGUCCAUCGCCAAGAUCCCUACGGUGAAGGCGCAAUUCCUACAAUCUCGCACGGCGGGGCCUAGCACGCUCCGAGCAACGUGGAUUGGCCAUGCAACCUACUUCGUAGAGUUCCCUUCGGGCUUCCGCGCCUUAUUUGACCCCGUCUUCGAGGAGCGCCAUAAUUUCUUCGCCCCGAAGCGAUUCACGGCCCCUGCCUGUACGCCGAGUGCUUUCCCUGCUCUAGACGCCGUCUUCCUUAGCCACAACCAUCCUGAUCAUCUCUCGUAUCCAACUGUAAAGGAGCUCAUCAAAGCAUACCCAAAGGUUCACUUUUUUGUUGGGCUUGGGGAAUCACCAAAGUUACGUGAACUCGGUGUCCAUGCUGUGACCGAAAUGGACUGGUGGGAUGACGCCGUGGUGACCCUGGAGAGGCCGGCUGCGAGCAACGAAGAGCCGAAGCAUAUCACCGCCGAGGUCUCAUGCCUGCCCAGUCAGCACGGCACAAUGCGGACUCCUUCCGACAAGGACCACACGUUAUGGGCGUCUUGGGCUGUCACGUCGGGCGACAAGUCUUUGUGGUUUGCCGGUGAUACGGGCUAUAGAUGCGUCCCAGAUGGAAUGGAGGAAUUUGGGCCAGGCUUCGAUGACUUACCGACGAACCCGCACUUUGCACAAAUCGGCGAGCUUCGGGGACCAUUCGAUUUGGGCCUGCUUCCCAUCGGCGCUUACCAUCCGCGUAUGAUGUACAGCCCAGUCCAUGCGAGCCCCUAUGAUGCUGUUGAGAUCUUCCAAGACACUAAAUGCAUAAAAGCCUUGGCCAUGCAUUGGGGAACAUGGGCGUUGACAUCUGAACCUGUCAACGAACCCCCGGAAAAGUUGAAGGAAGCAUUGGAAAUGAGGGGCAUUGCUCAAACUGGUAUCUUCGACGCCUGUGGAAUAUGGGAACAGACAAAGCAUAAUAAUCAGUGCAACAUGUAUUGAACUGGAGUGGAGGAGCUGAGCCCUGACUACCGGUCAGUGCAGGAUCCCUUCUGACAAGGGAACACUUGCAUUGUCCUCGAAGUGAAGAUGAACACGUUUCUGAUCUCUCGAAGCCGAUGCGAAUGAUACCAAACUGGAAUGGUAGAACUUCAUAAAUGAAAAAGGUGAUGACCUGGGGACUUUCCCCUUCGGCCUGCGACCACUACUAGCAAAACCUCCUCGAAUUGUGGGGCCCCUAUCCAGCUCAAUGACACAAUCCCAUACCAGUAGCACACAUAAUACAGAGCCACUAAGCCCCAUUACAGUCUAAAUCUACACUACUUGACUGCAAUACGCUCGAAUUAAU